GACAGCGGUAGCCGUAGAUAGAAAAUACUAAUUCUCUGCCGGUCGCUAGCGGCAUAAUGAGUUGAAACGCGUUUUGUCAGAGAGAAGGGGUUAUUCAUUUGUGUAGAAUAUUCCUAUGAGUAUGGCGUAAUUCCUUGACCUAUCUUGGGCCUUGUCAAGUUGAUAAAGCGGCGAAUGGAAGGGGCGAGCUAUGAGUUCAGGCCACGGUGAUUCGGAGUAGUUGGAGUUCGCCUAACUGGAGUGACAGUCGCUUAUUAACUCGCGCGUUAACAUCCGCGCUAAUCGUCAACCAAUUUCUGCAUAAAAGGCAUUAUUUCGACUAUGGAUACCUUUUGGUUGGCACAGCAGCUGACUAAAACGCCCACAUUCAAAAAUCCAUUUCCAAGAAGACCUUGGCUUGAAGAAUCUGGAGCUGCAGCUCCAUCUCCUGGAAAUACUGGGAUUAAGGGAAUCGUUGCUGGUGGAAUAACAGGAGGCAUAGAAAUUUGUAUAACGUAUCCAACUGAGUAUGUAAAGACACAGCUGCAACUCGAUGGAAAAGCUGGAGCAGGAAAACAGUAUUCUGGAAUUGUGGAUUGCAUAAAAAAGACCGUCAAGGGUCAUGGUGUUUUAGGGCUAUAUCGAGGACUAUCCGUUUUGAUUUACGGUUCGAUUCCCAAAUCAGCUAUGCGAUUUGGUGCUUUUGAAACAGUGAAAAAACGAUUAGUAGACUCUGAAGGAAAACUGAAUGCACAAACGAGACUUCUGGCAGGCCUGUGUGCUGGAGUAUGUGAAGCUGUUCUGGUUGUCACACCCAUGGAAACUGUAAAAGUUAAAUUUAUCAAUGAUCAAAGGUCUAGUAACCCAAGAUAUAGAGGAUUUCUACACGGAGUGACAUUAAUAAUCAAAGAAAGCGGAGUAAAGGGUGUAUAUCAAGGAUUGGCGCCAACAGUGAUGCGUCAAGGGUCAAACCAAGCCAUAAGGUUUUUUGUUAUGGAAACAUUGAAAGACUGGUACAAAGGUGGAGAUAACACCAAACAUGUACCCAAAUUAGUCGUGGGUGCUUUUGGAGCAUUUGCUGGGGCAGCAUCAGUUUUUGGGAACACUCCAAUUGAUGUGAUCAAAACAAGAAUGCAGGGAUUGGAAGCUGCUAAAUACAAAGGUACCGUUGACUGUAUAAUCCAAGUGUGGAAAAAAGAGGGUCCAUUUGCAUUCUACAAGGGUACCGUACCAAGAUUGAGUAGAGUUUGUCUAGAUGUGGCCAUUACAUUCAUGGUAUACGAUUCCUUUAUGGAAUUAUUCACUAAAAUUUGGCCAUGAAUGAAAGUUUUAUAACUGCUUACAAAUGUUUUGUGUAUCCCACAAGAAUAAGAUUUAACUCUGCGUAGUCAAGUCACUCUUUAGAUAGCAGUGGGCUAUUAUACAAAGUUGGUUUUCUUGGUAAUAUAUUGAAAAAAUCCCUCAUAAAAACACAUUACAAUCCCUUGAUUCUGAUGGCAUUCUCUUAAUUUUUUGUUUUAUUCGAUUUUCAAAGUGAUUCAGAAUAUCCACGGAACAAGUUCUAUAUAAAUUAUUUUAAUUGAAUUCACUUACUAACUGUAAACCCUCAUGAUGUGCCAAAAAAUCUAACUUUGUAUACACAAUUGAAUACGGUAUACGGGUUCGCUCAUUUAGUAGUUAUUACUUUAUCCGUUUUUGAUGAUCGUGUUACGUUUUUGAUUGUUUUUACGUAACGUCAUUGAACAAAGUUCUUGCAAUAAUGAAAUGCUUCAAUACUGGUCUAAGACUUCUCAGACCACAAGAAUUUACAAGUAGCAUAGGCCAGUUCCUAAUGUACAUAUACAAAGUCUUGAAUGAUGGAAACAACCUUUUCUAGAUUUAUAAACGAUAACAUUCGUUUCUAUUAACCAUAUAAAAAAUCAUUUUUACAACCCACGCUCUUAUUCCGAGUAAUGCAUUCCAUGAUAUAUGACUAUACUGAUUUUACGCAACAUGAACGAUGUAAUUGAACAAAGUAGCAUAAUAUUUUCAUACAAACCAACCUAUUAAACCUAAAAUUAAGAUCCGAAAAAGUAUAUCAUCUAGAAGUUACAUACAUCAUGUGCUUGGAUAUGUAACAGUAGUUUUAUACCGAGGAUAACAGAUUCGGUCACGCAAAGCCAUUGAUGCAGUAUUGUCAAGCAUAAAAUAUUUGCAUGUAUCAUUUGUUAAUUUAGAAAUUUUUAUAUUGUAUCAAAUCAUACCUAUCUAUCAAAUGAUGAACUGCAUCCAAAUCUGUAUAAAAAUUCAAUGCCUGUUGAAAGGCCAUAAUAUUAAUUUGUUAUAAUUUAUUUUGUUAUUCAUUUUACUAAUUUCUCAUUGUUUAAAAUUUGUCGAUAGAAAUUUUUGCAAAUUACCAGCCUACGACAGAUGAUUCUAUUAUCUAUAAUUGUUGAUUAAUUUUUGUCUAUUUUAUGCAUUCUAAAAUCAAACCUGCGAUCAAGUACGCAGUUGACAUGAAAACUUCAUGAUGUAGACUAUAAUGACUUUAUGAACAGAUGGAGUGUUUACCUAAAUUUAGGUAUACGAUAUAUCUAUUUAUGUAUCAAUGUUUACAGAAAUUAUUUCAUUUUUGUGAUCAAGCAAACGAGAAUAGAGUAAAAAUUUUAUAGAUCAGAGCGAAUAGAAACCAGUAUGGUGGGUUCUACCUUACGUCUCAAUAAAGUUAAAAUUAUUGUCAAA